CGCCGCCAGCGCGCCAGCUCGGGGCGGCCGGAGAGCCGCCAAUGCCUGCUCCGAGCAGGCUGAGAGCUACUGCCGCACCCGGCCAGGUUAAAAGUCACUAGUAUGACAGCUGCCUUGUCACCUGCGAGAGCAAUGCUGUAAGACUUCGCUGUGAUGGUAUUUGGAACAACCUGAGCAUUGGAGGGGGGAAGUGGAUGUCAUUUCCUUCAUGUCCUUAAACCAUGUGCAAGCAAGAGGAGCCCAUGAAAUUCGUAACCUGGGUCUGGAUGACAUCGUGCAACAAAAUGAUUGGCGUGCUGCUGGUCUUUUUCCCUGCUCUGCUCCUGGAGAUGGAUGUGCUGCCCAGGAGUGCCGGGAGGAAGGUGCUUCUCUCCGCAGGCUCCUCGCAGCGGUCGGUGGCUCGGAUGGACGGGGAUGUCAUCAUCGGCGCCCUCUUCUCUGUCCAUCACCAGCCCCCGGCUGAGAAAGUGCCUGAGAGGAAGUGUGGGGAAAUCCGGGAGCAAUACGGCAUCCAGAGAGUCGAAGCCAUGUUUCACACUUUGGAUAAAAUUAACGCCGACCCUGUCCUGCUACCUAACAUUACCCUGGGCAGUGAGAUCCGAGAUUCCUGCUGGCACUCCUCUGUGGCCCUGGAGCAGAGCAUCGAGUUCAUACGGGACUCCCUCAUCUCCAUCAGGGACGACAGGGACGGGGGCACCCGCUGCAUCUCCGACUCUCAGCCCCAGCCCCCGAGCAGAGUGAAAAAGCCCAUCGCAGGCGUCAUCGGCCCUGGCUCCAGCUCGGUUGCUAUCCAAGUCCAAAAUCUACUCCAGCUCUUCGACAUCCCCCAGAUCGCUUACUCUGCCACCAGCAUCGACCUGAGCGACAAAACGCUGUACAAAUACUUCCUCAGGGUGGUCCCCUCUGACACCCUGCAAGCCAGGGCCAUGCUUGACAUCGUCAAACGAUACAACUGGACCUAUGUCUCCGCCGUCCACACAGAAGGAAAUUAUGGGGAAAGUGGAAUGGAAGCCUUCAAAGAGCUGGCUGCCCAAGAAGGUCUCUGCAUUGCGCACUCUGACAAGAUCUACAGCAAUGCUGGGGAAAAGAGCUUUGAUCGUCUGCUCCGCAAGCUGCGAGAAAGGUUACCCAAGGCUAGAGUGGUGGUUUGCUUCUGCGAGGGAAUGACAGUCAGGGGAAUACUCAUCGCCAUGAGGCGCUUAGGAGUGCUUGGGGAGUUCCUGCUAAUUGGAAGUGAUGGUUGGGCAGACAGAGAUGAAGUCAUUGAAGGUUAUGAACCUGAAGCAAAUGGAGGCAUCACUAUCAAACUGCAGUCUCCAGAGGUGUUGUCAUUCGAUGACUACUAUCUGAAGCUGCGUCUGGACACCAACACCCGCAACCCCUGGUUUCCUGAGUUCUGGCAGCACAGAUUUCAGUGCCGCAUCCCAGGGCACCCACUAGAGAAUCCCAACUUCCAGAAGAACUGCACUGGCAAUGAAAGCCUAGAAGAAAAUUAUGUGCAGGACAGUAAAAUGGGAUUUGUUAUCAAUGCUAUAUAUGCUAUGGCUCACGGGCUACAAAAUAUGCAUCAUUCCCUUUGCCCAGGACAUAUUGGGCUGUGUGAUGCUAUGAAGCCUAUUGAUGGCAGCAAGCUCCUGGAGUUUCUCCUCAAAUCUUCAUUCAUUGGUGUUUCUGGAGAAGAAGUUUGGUUUGAUGAAAAGGGAGAUGCCCCUGGAAGAUAUGACAUCAUGAACCUGCAGUACAUAGAGCCCAAUCGCUAUGACUAUGUCCUCAUUGGGACCUGGCAUGAAGGUGUGCUUAACAUUGACGACUACAGGAUUCAGAUGAACAAGAGUGGCAUGGUCCGAUCAGUGUGCAGUGAGCCUUGCUUGAAGGGCCAGAUUAAGGUGAUCAGGAAAGGAGAAGUGAGUUGCUGCUGGAUUUGCACUGCUUGCAAGGAGAAUGAAUUUGUUCAGGAUGAAUUCACAUGUAAAGCCUGUGAGCUUGGAUGGUGGCCUAAUGCUGACCUGACAGGCUGUGAACCCAUCCCUGUAAAGUAUCUCCAGUGGAGCAAUAUAGAGUCUAUCGUGGCUGUGGUCUUUUCCUGCCUGGGGAUCCUGGUCACCAUGUUUGUCACCCUUAUCUUUGUGCUCUACAGGGACACCCCUGUUGUCAAAUCCUCCAGCCGAGAGCUCUGCUACAUUAUCCUUGCUGGCAUAUUUCUUGGUUACGUCUGCCCUUUCACCCUUAUAGCUAAACCCACCACUACAUCCUGCUACCUCCAGCGCCUUCUGGUGGGUCUCUCCUCCGCCAUGUGCUAUUCUGCCCUCGUGACCAAAACCAACCGCAUUGCACGCAUCCUGGCAGGCAGCAAAAAGAAGAUCUGCACCCGCAAGCCACGUUUCAUGAGCGCAUGGGCCCAGGUGGUCAUCGCCUCCAUUUUGAUCAGCGUGCAGCUGACACUGGUGAUCACGCUAAUCAUCCUGGAACCCCCAAUGCCCAUCCUUUCCUAUCCCAGCAUUAAGGAAGUUUACCUUAUCUGCAACACCAGCAACCUGGGAGUUGUUGCUCCUGUGGGCUACAAUGGACUCCUCAUCAUGAGCUGCACAUACUAUGCCUUCAAGACUCGCAAUGUACCUGCCAAUUUCAAUGAGGCCAAGUACAUUGCAUUCACCAUGUACACCACUUGUAUCAUCUGGCUGGCCUUUGUGCCUAUCUAUUUCGGGAGCAACUACAAGAUCAUCACCACUUGCUUUGCAGUGAGCCUGAGUGUGACAGUGGCCCUGGGGUGCAUGUUCACUCCUAAGAUGUACAUCAUCAUAGCCAAGCCUGAGAGGAACGUCCGCAGUGCCUUCACCACCUCAGAUGUGGUGCGUAUGCAUGUCGGGGAUGGCAAGGCACCUUGCAAGUCCAACACUUUCCUCAACAUAUUUCGGAGAAAGAAGCCAGGGGCCGGAAAUCCAAAUUCUAAUGGAAAGUCUGUGUCAUGGUCUGAACCAGGUGGAAGAGAAACUCCCAAAGGGGAACACACAUGGCACAGACUCUCAGUGCAUGUGAAGAAUCAGGAGACAGGGUGCAAUCAGACAGCAGUGAUCAAACCCCUCACGAAAAGCCACCACGGCGAAAGCAAGAGCCUAACUUUUAGCAACAUCAGCAGUAAGACUCUGUGCAAUGUGGAAGAGGAAAAAGAUAGAGACCCCAUUCACCUCAACCAGUCCAGCAGCCCCUCCAUGGUGGUGCACAGGAAGGUAACGUCGACCCCUCCACUGCAGGCCACAGUGGAGGAGACCCCCCUCUUCUUGCCUGAGCAGCCCUCCAAGACCCUGCCCCUGCAGCCACAGUCUCUCAUGGACCAGCUGCAAGGCGUGGUCGACAAGAUUGCCACUGGCAUACCUGACUUGAAUGCCAUCCUCCCUACGCCGGGCUCGGGGAAUGGUGUGCAGCCCCCCGCACUGCAGCAGCUGCCUCUGACGCCUCUCCAGGUGACUGCCUUUAGCGAGGACCCCCUGUCUCCCUUGACUGAGGAAGUGGAGAGCGAGAAGCUGAAGCUCAUUCAGGGAUAUGUCUAUGAGAAGAACCCAGAGGAGGAGGACGACGAGCCAGCAACCAGUAAACUGACUUUGGAAGAUUCUCCAGCACUGACACCCCCAUCCCCUUUCCGGGAUUCGGUGGCUUCGGGCAGCUCUGUGCCUAGCUCGCCCGUCUCGGAGUCAGUGCUUUGCACCCCCCCAGAUGUGACCUAUGCCUCUGUCAUCCUGAGGGAUUAUAAGCAAAGCUCAUCCACCCUGUAGACACUGAAAGAGACAAGAAGGACUUCGGCAGCUAUCCGCUGGGAGGUCCUGGGGAGGAAAGUCUCCCAGGGCUGGGGAGAGAGAGAGCAGAGAACAAAAGUCACAUAUGACAGGGCAAAAACUUCAUCCUGCACUUCAGUAAAUGAAAGAAAAGGGAAAAAAAAAAUCCAUUUUGAGGGCUCAAAAUUCUCUAGCUGUUAAAAAUAAAACCACUGUACUUUGAGAAAAUAGGAAACCAUAACAAAGCACAAACCCGAGAGACAACUUCUUUAGCAAAAAAAUUAAUAAGACACAUGGGGGGCAGGGGGGUGGGAAAUCACACUCAGUCACACCCUCUCUUGGCAAUGCUUGAAAAGGACUCUGGGAAGUACGACUUGGAGAAGUCACUAUCACGUGUCACAACUGCUGUCUGUCUGCUAUGGAAGCAACACAUCCAGCAGCUGGAAGGGUACAGUGUGGUGAAGAGGAAUGAAGCUACUUGUAUAUGAGACACAUAUGCAGAAAGGAUUUUUUUCCUGCUUUCUAGAGGUUGUACAACUGCAUAAUGUGUCUGGGGGAGAUGAACUGAGAUAAUGUGAAAGCUUACGGCUCUUAAAGACUUGUGUCUGAACAAUUUCUCUUCAUACUAGGCUGCUUUUGUGGGGAUUUGGGAUUUUUUUAAACACUUAUUGUGAACAAGAUCAAGAAGUGUGGUCAAGUUAAAACUCGAGAGGUUUCUGAAUAAAGCCCUUGCUGUUGUACUUGUAAUAUGGUAAAGGCUUAGGAAACUGCCUUUUUGUAUAAGAUUGCAAACCAUGUGGCUAAACUGUUACACAACAUUUCCUGUAGCAGAACUAUAUUUAUUGACUAACUUUUCAUAAUGCAACGUAUUUGCCAUGUGAUUACAUCAUUCCUUUGUGUCACUUGUGACUCAGAUACAUUGGAAAAUAGCUGUAUACUUAGAGCAACAACUAUUACUCUGAAGAAGGGCAAUUCCAUCCUGGAGAUUAUAGUCAGUCUUGUAGCAAGAGCGUGAGCGUACGUUUGUGUUUCCGUAUGCGUGCGUAAGGUAUGUGUGAAGCAUCACGUCCAAUAACUCCCCCUUGGAAGAUUGUCAUAUAUACUAUGAAUAUUUUUAUGUUUAAGUCAUGUUUUAUAUUGCAUUGUUACAAAUAUUCAAUAGCUCUUUGGCGGUUUGUAUGCUGUGCUGACACACCUUUUUUUGUUUUCAUAUACAAGAUGAGACAGUUGUUGCCCUUGUAACAGGGUGCUUUAUUUUGCAGAUAUUUUAUGAAGUAGACAUAUGGUAUUAAUAACCAGUGCAUUGAAAACUUGUGAUUUUACAUGUUUGCAGCAAGUGUGGUUGACAAAAGAAAAUGCAAAAAGAAAAAAAGUCUGUUUCAGAAACAUUGUAUUAUUGCCAGUAUAAAAGGUGAGACAGGAAAACUAAUGAAACUACUUUGUUGCUUCAGAUAAUUUAAAAUAAAAUCAUGCCCAGACAGGAAAUUUCAUCAGUGCUUAAUGUGUGCAUAAAUUCACAGGGUGCGUUAUAAGCAGCUCUUUUAAUCUCUUGAUGAUGUUUAGUUCUUUUCAUUGCUUCCAGUUCUAUUUAAUAUAUAAUAUUGUAUUUUAAAUAUCUCUUCUAGGCAGCUCUAGUUCUGUCAUUCAUUCCUCCUUCUCUGUCCUUCCUGUGUUUCCCAGGGAUGGGCAUGAUCCAAGGCUCCCUAAUGACUGGAGUGUUCAAAGUCCAGAUCUAAUGGCUGUGGUUUGAACUUACCUAUACUUACUAUCACCCUAUUUACAAAUGUGCAUAUUAGACAUAUACAGGACAGGAUUUUAGCCGCUAUGAAUUUUCAUUGUGCUGUUGAAUUUAGCCAAGUAUCUGUCCCACAGUUCUACACUUUAUUUCCAAAGAUAUUUUAAAGGAAUCUCUUCAUGUUAAUAUAGUUGCAAAACCUGGAUUUAAACAUGCUUCUUGUGAAUACUCUAUCAGGGUUUUUUCUGAAGUUAGUAUAUUUCUACUCUUCUUUCUUUUGACUUGAAUUUUAAGAAGUCCUGCUGCCAGUCAUCAAUUCUUAUCUAGAGGUCCAGAUCUCAUUGUUUCAUUAUAAUUAUAUAGCAGUGGUACUGAAAGGUUUGGUUGGUGCUCCUAACCAGCCUCUUUUUCAAAAUGUUUGCUCCUUUCAAUGUGACUACUGGCCAGUUGCUGUCAUUGCCUUGCUGUAGAAAGCAUGAAAUGACUUUGCCCAAAGACACAGUUAUGUCUUUGUCUAGUAGAUUGAUGUCUCUAAUGAACCUAAGACACCUGAGGGUCCAUUGGUUGAUUUUUGCUUGGAGCUUUCUGGGGGACUUUUUGGGGUGGUUUUGUUUGUUUCUUUUGGGGUUGUGGUUUGGUUUUUGUU